AUGCCGCCCGCCGGUGGAGGAAACAUUAAGGUGGUGGUGAGAUGUCGGCCUUUCAACAGCAGAGAAAUCGAGAGAAAUGCACAAUGUAUUAUCGAAAUGAAAGGGAACCAGACGGUCAUUACCGCACCCGAAGGAAAGGGCGUCAAAGAUGGAGGCCCCAAAGCGUUUGCGUUCGAUCGUUCAUAUUGGUCGUUUAACAAGGACGACCCGAAUUAUGCUGGUCAAUCGAACCUCUUUGACGAUCUGGGACAGCCCCUGCUCGACAAUGCUUUCCAGGGAUACAACAACUGUAUUUUUGCCUAUGGCCAAACUGGUUCUGGAAAGUCGUAUUCUAUGAUGGGUUAUGGAAAGGAAAUAGGUGUUAUCCCUAUGAUUUGCCAGGACAUGUUCAAGAGAAUCGAAGAUAUUCAAAAGGACAAGACAACCAAGUGCACGGUCGAAGUCUCUUACCUAGAGAUUUAUAACGAACGUGUACGCGAUCUGCUCAACCCAUCGACCAAAGGCAAUCUCAAGGUCCGAGAACAUCCUUCUACGGGCCCUUAUGUCGAGGAUCUUGCCAAGCUUGCGGUCAACGAAUUUCACGAGAUUGAACAUCUUAUGGACGAAGGAAACAAGGCCCGAACAGUUGCGGCAACGAACAUGAAUCAAACAUCGAGCCGAAGUCACGCUGUUUUCACCAUCAUGUUAACACAAAAGAAGUACGACGCCGACACGAAGAUGGAAAUGGAAAAGGUCGCCAAGAUCAGUCUGGUCGAUUUAGCAGGUUCCGAGCGAGCGACAUCUACCGGUGCCACUGGUGCGCGACUGAAGGAGGGUGCUGAAAUCAACCGAUCGCUGUCAACGCUGGGUCGUGUCAUUGCGGCCUUGGCUGACCUGUCCACGCCUAGUGCCAAGAAGAAGAAAGGAGGCGGCCAAGUACCGUACCGAGACAGUAUCUUGACAUGGCUGUUGAAGGACUCCCUAGGUGGAAACAGUAUGACGGCAAUGAUUGCAGCUGUCAGUCCGGCCGAUAUCAAUUUUGAUGAAACACUCAGUACUCUUCGAUAUGCAGACUCUGCAAAGCGAAUCAAGAAUCAUGCCGUUGUCAACGAAGAUGCCAACGCCCGUAUGAUCAGAGAGUUGAAGGAGGAGCUGUCGCUACUGAGGAGCAAACUCGGAAGUGGCCCCGGUGUUCCAGGCGCUGCUGGAGUAGUUGCUGGCGAGGCCUAUCCCGAAGGGACUCCUCUGGAUCAGCAGAUGGUCAGCAUCACGGGCGCAGAUGGAGCCUUGAAAAAGGUCUCCAAGGCAGAGAUCGCGGAGCAAUUGAGUCAAAGUGAGAAGCUGCUUACGGAUCUGAACCAGACGUGGGAGGAGAAGUUGUUGAAGACGGAGGAGAUUCAUAAGGAACGUGAACAAGCUCUCGAAGAUCUUGGUGUUAGUAUUGAGAAAGGUUUCGUCGGCUUGCACACUCCAAAGAAGAUGCCCCAUUUGGUCAACUUGUCCGAUGACCCGCUUCUCGCCGAAUGCUUGGUCUACAACCUCAAACCUGGUACCACAACAGUCGGCAAUGUCGAUACAAAUGCCGAUCACCAAGCGAAUAUCCGAUUGAACGGAGCCAGGAUCCUGCACGACCAUUGCUCUUUUGAAAAUGCCCCAGAUGGAACUGUGACUCUUACCCCUAGCGAAGGUGCUUCAGUAAUGAUUAACGGAAAGCGCAUCACAGAGCCAUCCCAGCUUCAUUCAGGCUAUCGUGUUAUUCUAGGCGACUUCCAUAUUUUCCGAUUCAACCAUCCCAUGGAAGCAAGAGCAGAGCGAGCUGAGGUACCAGAAAGGCCAACGAGUUUGCUCCGACACUCAAUUACUGCUAGUCAGUUCCAAGCACUCGAUCGAGGCUCUCCCUCACCUAGCCCGCGACCUGGACAUGAAAGAUCGUUUAGUAGGGUGUCCGAAUUCGGCGAUGUCUCUAGACCAGAAACGCCAUCGAUAUUCCAGCGGAGCGGUCGAGAGUCAGACUGGUCCCUUGCCAGACGAGAGGCGGCUGGUGCAAUACUUGGAUCCGACCAAAACCUUACCAGUCUCUCCGAUGAGGAGCUUAAUGCUUUGUUUGAGGACGUGCAGAGGGCAAGGGCGGAAAGAGUAAACGUCCGUGAGGAUGGGGACGACUCGGAUUCUUCUUAUCCGAUCAGAGAGAAGUAUCUGUCGGGUGGUACCAUGGACAGUUUUUCGUUGGAUACGGCUUUGACUAUGCCUUCAACACCAAAGCAAGGCGAGCCCGACGAUAGGCUGAAAGAGGUUCGGGAAGAGUUGCAAAGCAAACUGGAAAAACAGAAAGAAGAGUAUCAGGACCAGCUAAAGAGUGCUGAGGCUGCUAAUGUUGAGAUUGAAGAGAUCAAACAAGAAAAAGUCAAAAUGGAGGCAGCGUUGAAGGAGUUGAAGGAAGAUAUGCAGAAACAGCUCAUUCAACAACGGAAGCAAUUUGAGGAGAAAAUCGAGAAGAUGGACCCUCUGAAGAUGCCCAAGAAAAGUCCAAAUCUCUCCGACGAAGAGAUUGAGAUGGCGAAGAGAAUUGUCAAGGCUUGGCGAGGUCGACAUUUUGUCAAGAUGGCUGAAGCCGUGCUACAAAACGCCUCCAUACUCAAGGAAGCCCAGGUCAUGAGUCACGAACUUGAUGAGCACGUUGUUUUCCAAUUUGCAGCGGUAGAUGUUGGCCAUGUUCUGUGCUCCUCCUACGAUAUGGUACUCAAUGGCCUUACAGGCGAAGGAGAUGAUGUUGCAUUGGAGGAAGCCCACAAGCCGUGUAUCGGCGUCCGUGUGGUUGACUUCAAGCAUAGCGUGGUUCAUUUGUGGAGUUUGGAGAAGCUUCAUGAUCGCGUACGGCAGAUGCGGCAGAUGCAUCAGUAUCUCGACCAGCCAGAAUAUGCACAGCACCUCAGUCUGGACAAUCCGUUUGUUGAGACGUGUAUGCCAUCGUAUACGCUGGUGGGCGAGGUUGAUGUGCCACUAAAAGCCGUUUUCGAGUGUCGAGUCCAAGAUUCUAUACUCGAUGUGCUAUCUCCUUACACGUCACAUGUUGUUGGCAUCAUAAAACUCUCUCUUGAACCAUCGCAUGCUCGUGCACCAACAAACACUGUCAAAUUUAAUGUCGUCAUGCAUGAACUUGUGGGGUUUGCUGAGCGAGAAGGCACCGAGGUACAUGCACAGCUCUUCAUCCCUGGCAUCUCUGAAGAGGAUGGCAUCACCACGACUCAAAUGAUCAAAGAUUUUGAUGAGGGCCCUAUUCGCUUUGAGAGUGUUCAUAGCAUGAGCAUUCCCUUGUUUGCGCCCCAAGAUGUCACUUUGAGAGUCGCCAUUUUCGCAAAGGUAUCAACAAUGCAUCUCGAUAAGCUGCUCAGUUGGGAUGACAUGAGAGAUGCGGUACCCAUUAGAGAAGACAAAGCUAAAGCUUCACGAAUCCAUGAAUCACAGUUCUUCACUCAGGAGAAGCAUGACUUACUCUCCCGACUUCAAAUCAUGGAGUUGAAUGAGAAUGGCGAGUAUGGCGCUGUGGAAGUUACACAAAUCAGCGAACUCGACACCGGAACCUUUCAGCUUCACCAAGGCUUGCAGAGAAGAAUUGGAAUCAAUAUCUCCCACAGCUCUGGUGAUGCUCUUCCAUGGGAUGGCGUCGCUGCUGUCCGCGUGGGUAAGGUUAGGUUUGUUGACUCGGCCGGAAAGACACCUGACAUGGGUGCCACCGAGCCUGAUAUUUCUUUGAAACUUUCACAAAGUCCAAUAUUUCGCGAGAAUGCCAACGGUACGAAAAGUCUCACGAUAUAUGCUCAGUGGGAUUCUAGCUUGCACAAUUCGCUACUCCUUGAUCGGGUUACACAGGACAAGUACCGUGUCCAAAUGACGAUAUCAUGGGAGAUCAGCUCUGAGAAGCUGGCUGAGCCGAUGAAGUUCUCGCAAAAGGUUUGCGUGCAGAUCUUGUCAAGGACUUUCGUGCGCCAAACUUCAAUGUUUUCGGCAUUGUGGCAGAACGUCCGUUUUGUGCGCUCCUCCACUGGCAUCUUCACACUUGCCAUGCGUCCUGCUCCUGUCAAGAAAAUCGGUGACUUGUGGAGAUUGAAUAGUCAACAUGACUACGUCAAGGGUGAAGAAAACCUCACAAGCUGGACACCUCGAGGGGUGUCGUUGGUCAACGACUUCCUCGUGGCUCGCAAGAAGAAGAAACGGGCUGCAGAUAUCACUGUCACCGAAGCUGUCCUAGCCAAGCUCGGUUUGGAUGGAACCAACACCAUAUCUGACAAGAAUGAGCCGGAGCCUGAACCGUCUCCAGAACUCAAGCCGAUUAUCCCGAGUGAUGAUGAUUUGCUCAAUGAUACGCCCGAAACUUCUCAGACUGAUGAUGAAGAACCACUUACAAGUGAUGAACCCUCGACUGAGUUAUCUGAAGAGGCCCAAGAAUCCGAGACGGAUCAGCCCGAUGCUGAGCUGCCCGAAACACCAGAGCUUGAGGUUGGCGAUGUCAAAGAGGAUACAGAUAAGGAAGAGCCUAGUAGGCAGGACACAGAUGAAGCGUUCUCCGAAACACCUGAGACUACAGAGGUUGAAGAGGAUGAACCUAUCACAGUGGAGGAGCUGCCGCCUAAGCCUGAUUAUGACGAAGGGCAGACGGAUCUCUUGACAAAAUGUCUGAAACUUUGGAAGAAAUACCCCGACCCUUCAGAUAACAUCCUCAGCUCGACAAACAUGGCACCGCCAUCUGACGGACUGAUGUCCGACGCUCCAGCACAACCGACACUUGUCGCGACAGUCAUCCGGGUACCGAAGAACCCUAAAGUGCUCAAGGGUGGCUAUUUGAUGAUUCCCAACAGCGACUCAACCCGCUGGGUCAAGAGAUUUGUUGAGUUAAGAAGGCCGUAUCUCCAUUUGCAUUCUGCUACUGAUGGCGACGAGGUUGGACUGAUAAGUCUGCGCAACUCUCGCAUUGACAGUCAACCUGGUGUGCUGGGCUUGCUUCAAGGAGCCGGGGACUCAGGAGCCCAAGGGCAAAAUGGGCAGGAAGGCGGCCCAGACUUCACACCAGGACAUCGACGAACCUCGUCAGGCCGUGUUAUUUCUACAAUCUGGACAGGCAAUGGAGGUACCGCCUCAGCAGGGGGAUCCGGUCUCCAACGCCUGCCAGAGCGGAUGCAGUCGGCAGUGUUUGCCAUUUACGGAACAGACAACACCUGGCUAUUCGCGGCAAGAAGCGAACGAGACAAGAUGGACUGGAUCUUCCGAAUCGAUCAGACAUACCUGAGUAACGACAGCGUGCCCGGUAGUGGGAUAGCCAGCCCCUUUCCGGGUAGCGAUUUCUAA